UACCUGUAAACCUAUUUCCGGGAUACUUUCAAGUGCUCGAAAAUUCGGCGUCCCCCACUUACAAGCUCAGCGUUAUAUCAUAGAGUCUUGGAACAUCCGAAGUCUCAUUAUUUAUUGAGAUCUCCUUCCACCUAAUUCAAACAGGGCCUCACAGGUGCAGCAGAAAAAAUUUCGCAAAAUGACUCCACCGCUCAUUACGCUCGAGGAGCACUGGUAUUCUACGGCAGUCUUGAACUCGUUUGAUAAUUCGAUGAAGGAAGGCAUUAAGCGAUGGCCAGGAGCAAUGGAGAAGCUUCUCGAUGCCGGCGAAAUUCGCCUCAGGGAUAUGGAUAAAGGAAAAGUGUCAAUGCUGGGGAGACUUCGAAGCGCUUCGCUGCGUUUGCCAUCCUUCCCAUGGCACACCCAGAUGCUGCGGCAACAGAGCUCGAGCGGACAGUCAAAGAGUACUCCUUCUUGGGUGCCCUGGUAGAUCAUAAGAGUGAGAAGGGGUACUGCGAUGGUGACGAGUACGAUGUUCUCUGGAAAAAGGCGCAGGAUCUUGACGUUCCAAUAUAUCUACACCCUUCGAGACCGGAAGAUCAAAUAUUCCGAAAAACAUACGGAGGUAACUAUUCAGAUCGCGCAACAGCAGUUAUAGGCGGCGCAAUGUGGGGUUGGCAUAGCGAAGUUGGAAUACAUGUUCUUCGUCUACAUGCGGCGGGAGUUUUUGACAGGUUUCCUAAGCUUAAGAUUGUCAUUGGCCAUUUUGGUGAAAUGAUGCCAUUCAUGUUACAGCGUAUUAUAGACCAGGAAGUGCUCAUGGGCCAACGAAAACGUCCCUUUCGGAACGUAUGGGACGAGAAUAUCUGGAUAACUACAUCUGGUGCAUGGAGCUUGGAUCCGAUGAGGUGCAUUCUUAGCAAUACCAAGAUUGAGCAUAUCAUGUACAGUGUUGAUUACCCAUUUACAACAAAUGAGUACGGCCUCAAAUGGUUUGAAGAACUUGAAAAGAGUGGCCUGGUAACGAAUGAGCAGCUCGAGCUGAUUGCGUACAAGAAUGCCGAGGCACUCCUUGGGGUAAAGGCAACUUGA